UUAUGGCUGACAAAUGACUUUAUAUUAGAAUUCUAGUUCAUAUAAAUCUAUUUAAUAUAUUCACUGUGAUAUCUUUGUUAGUUUUUUGUGGAUAGUUUUAUGAAAGUGGGAAAAAGGAAUGGACAGAGAGUCUGGACAGGACUUUUGUGAGGCUAAAGGAAAAGAUACAGACAAAGUAGUAGGGGGAGGUGUAUGAGGGGGAAGAAAAACUAAUGUCUGUUUCCCCUCACAGGUCUUCAUGGAGGUUCCUUAAACAUUCCUUACAGGCUGGGAGGGCGUGACAAAUUAACAUAAAAAAGCUUCCUCAGCCAAUAGGAUCCUGGAAAGGAAAUGUCAGGAUUGAGGCAAAACUGGGAUGGUGUCAGGUUACAUUCUGCCCUCCCUCCUCAAGCCUGAGAGCAAGGGAGGGAGUGAGGGAAGGAGGGAAAAAGAGAGCAAAGAACAGACAGAAAGAGGGAGAAACAGAGAACUAUAUGGGACAGUCUCAUUCUUGGCCUCUGAGAUCACGGAAUAGGACGAUGUGCUACAGUCUGCCCUGACUUUUUGUUUUUACCCAACAGACAACGAAAGGGAAGUUUGGACUGGAGGUGGCUAGUUUUUUUUUUUUUUUUUUUUUUUUUUGGUGGGCUCAAUCUCAGGGCUGUUAGACGGUGCCUGACGUCCCAGCGACUCACACAGCGGGACUAAAAAUGAAUUAUCUGAACGUGUUGGCCAAGGCUCUGUAUGACAAUGUGGCAGAGUCUCCAGAUGAGCUCUCCUUCCGGAAGGGUGACAUUAUGACGGUACUGGAGAGAGACACGCAAGGCCUGGAUGGCUGGUGGCUCUGCUCGCUGCAUGGGCGCCAGGGCAUUGUACCAGGUAACCGCCUCAAGAUCCUGGUAGGCAUGUAUGACAAGCAGCAGCAGCCAUCUUCCACCUCCCCGAUUUGCUCAUCUCAGAGCCACCUCAGCAUUCCACCUAGUGCCUACACCAAGCUUUCGCCCUCCGCCCAGUACACGGCCAUGCAUCCAGCCUGUACUAGCCCUCCCAGCCUGUACCAAGUGCCCACUGGGCCCCAGACUCUGCAAACACAGCCCAAAGCUCCACCCCUCACACAGAAACUAGGUGCUGGUAAAUAUCAUCCAGCUGGCCAGGAGAUCUACCAGGUGCCACCCUCCAUGGGUGCACCAGGCCAAGAGAUCUACCAGGUACCACCCACAAGUGGAGGACAGGAUGUAUACCAGGUGCCCCCCUCUUUGAACCUGAAACAAGAGGUCUACCAGAUUCCCCCUUCCAUGGAGAAGAGAGGCUGUGACACUCCCAAGACCUUGGGAAAGGUGGUGGUGCCCACACGGGUUGGCCAAAUGUAUGUGUAUGACACGGGGAACACAGAACAGGAUGAGUAUGAUGUCCCCCGACACCUGCCUACCUCCCGGGACAUAUAUGACGUUCCACCUACCCGUGGACUAUACAACCAGCAGGUAUAUGACACUCCUCCCAUGGUAAUGAAAGGACCAACCAGCAGAAAUGUGCAGGGAAUCUAUGACACCCCCCCUAGUGUGGACAAGAACCAGCUGCUCUCCCAGCAAAUGGUGUAUGACAUCCCCCCAUCUGUGAGUAAGGACGUUCCAGAUGCGCUCAUCAAGGAGGAGACCUACGAUGUCCCACCUCAUUUUGCCAAAAUGAAGAAUCCAAGUCUAAAUGCAGCCAAUCCUGAACCACCGAUACCUGAAGAUGUGUACGAUGUGCCACCCCCUCAGCUAGCUAGCAAACCACAGGCUGAGGCGCAGGAGAUCUAUGACAUCCCCAGCAGCCUGCACCAGGGUGACGUCUAUGACUUCCCACGUGAGCGCCCACCAGUUGCUGAGGAAUCAGGUGACUACGUCUAUGAUGUACCACCACAGGUGGUACGUGAUGCAGCGGGUGCUACUACAGAGGAACUGACAGUGAGCUUCAAGCGCUUAUCUGCUUCCAGCACAGGCAGCACACGCAGUAACUUGUCCACUUCAUCCCUGGACACAGUGCCAGUGCGGGACAGCACAGUACCAAGCCGCCUGCUUUCCCUAGACCUUGAGCAGGCCAUGGAGCGGCUGUCACGCCUGCAGCAGGCUGUGGAUACCUCAGCUUCAAUGCUCAUGUCCUUUGUCAGCGGUGAUUGGAGGAGCCCUGCCCAAAUGGAUGCCAAUUUGCCCGCCAUUCGACGGGCAUCUGAAUGCUUACGAACAUCAGUCAAGGAGCUACUGGAAUUUUCUCGUGGUGCUGUGGUCAAUGCUGCCCAGGCCACUGACCGUACACUGCAGGCCAAGCUCAGCAAGCAGGUGCAGAAGAUGGAUGAGGCCUUCCAAGGUCUGCUCAAGCACAGUCAGGCGCUGGACGCCCUGAGCUGGGCUCCUGCUGCUCUCCCAGCACCAGCUGCCAACAGUGGUGGGGACGACCUGGACCGGCUGGUCAUGUGUGCCCGUGCUGUGCCCGAUGACACCAAGCAGCUAGCGUCCUUCCUGCAUGGCAAUGCGACGUUGCUCUUCAGACGGACGAACAGGCAACAGCAACAGACCUCAGAUAUGUUGGGCCAGUUGAGCAGCAACAGCUCUAAUGUCUCAGCCUAUCAGACAGGCACACCCGACAGGACCAACAUCCAGUCACGUCCCCUGCCCUCGCCACCCAAAUUCACAGCCGAAGAGGAGCCUCCUGAGCGGCCUUAUGAAACCACAGAAGAAGGCUGGAUGGAGGACUACGACUAUGUACAUUUACAGGGUAAGGAAGAGUUUGAGAAGAACCAGCGACAGCUGCUGGAGAAAGGCAGCAUCACUAGACACAAUAAGACCCAGCUGGAGCAGCAACAGCUCAAGCAGUUUGAGAGGCUGGAGCAGGAAGUCAGCCGGCCAAUCAAUAAUGACAUCUCCGGCUGGACCCCGCCCCCACACUACCCACCGCCAUCGCGCAGCAAACUGUGUGCAGGUGACCGGCAGCUGCUGCUAUUCUACUCAGAGCAGUGUGAGGCCAACAUCACCACACUGACCAAUGCCAUCGAUGCUUUCUAUUCGUCCAUCAACAACAAUCAGCCGCCGAAGAUCUUUGUCGCCCACAGCAAGUUCGUCAUCCUCAGUGCCCAUAAGCUUGUCUUCAUUGGAGAUACAGUUUCACGCCAGGCCAAAUCCCCUGAGGUGCGGAGCAGGGUGGCACAGCACAGCAACACGCUCUGUGAAAAGCUGAAAGACAUUGUAGUUAGCACCAAGACUGCUGCCCUACAGUACCCAUCUCCAGGGGCAGCACGGGACAUGACAGAGAGGGUCCGCGAGCUGUCUGGCUGUACCCAGCAAUUCCGCAUGGCCCUCAAUCACCUACUCUCCAUGUGAAAACAAACAUGGGAGCUUAUAGAGACACUGAGAUCACACGUGCAUGGAGUCCCACUUACUUAUCCCAUGUCCAUGCUUUGUGCUUUCUAUCCACAACACCGCCAGACCCCCAACCCCCACCCCCCCCCCCCCCCCCGGGAAAAAAAGACUAUACACACUAUCAGUGAAUAGUGACAUGGGUUGUAAAUGAAUUUAUGUAAAUAUAUAAGUUUCUGUAAGAAGAUGGGGAAGUACUGGGGCAACAAGAAAGGAUGAACUGUAUAAUUUUUUGAACAAGAGGAGAAAAAACAACUGAAAAUUUGUUUUUAGUCAUUAUUCACUAUUAUUAUUGUUAUAAUGUAAUUAUUGCCCUGAUUGAUUAUAAUAAUUGUCAUCAUUCUUAUUACUAUUGAUGAGAUAUUAAGGGUGUCUAGAAUUUUAAAUGUGUAUGUAGAAGUACUUAAUGCCAUUUUUCAUCAGUGAUGAGGAUUUUUAAUAAAUUUGUAUGUUAGCAUGAGGGAAGUGAUGGCAGCAGACAUGCAGCGCUUUGUCCUUUUAAUCAACGGGGCUGAUUCAGGGUGGGAGCAAUGCAUUAUGGUGAACUGUCUGGCAGACUGUACACAUAGACUGCCAAAAUGAGGGAAAGGUAAUUCAAUUUGCUAAAAUAUUCUAAUGAAACAGUUUGGAUUUGGAAAACAAUGCUUAUAAAACAUGUGGGGAAAGAGUAGAUCUUUAUAACUGUUAAGUAGUUUCAUUCCCAACAUGCUUGUUAUUCCUUUCAGUAGGUUUGCUCACAUUUCUCCCACUCCGGUCAUAGUCUGCAUUUUUGAACAGGUUUCUGUGACUUGCUGUGCACUGUUCCAGAUUUUUCCUAUGUUCUAGAUAAGGCUUUGUAUCUAGCAGCAUGCCAAAGCCGUUCUCCAUUGCAGUGCUAUACCCUGCUGGACAGGGUAAUAUUAGCCAAGGGGUUCCGUUUAAUAACUGAAAAAGAUUUUUCCUUUAGGCACAUUCCUGACCAUCAAUGUAUUUUAAUCAUUAUGGCAGGUCUGUUCCUAUGAGUAGGCUCUUUUUCUUUUAAUAGCUCAAUAAAAAUGUUUAACCACCUCAUAGUGUAUUAAAAUAGUACAUUUUAUUGAACCCCUAAAGCUCAGCUAAGAGUAAGUCUCUUUCACUAUACUGUAAUAUGGCAACAACUAUGUUGUGUUUUCACUCACCUUUUGCGAAAUGUUUUUCACUGGAGGGCAAUGUUGAGAAGAAAUCCAUCUGCCUCAAAUGUUUUCUUGGCUUUUUAACACCCUAUUGGUUGUAUUUUGAAUAUCAGAAUAUGUCAGCAGAAAUAAGUUGGUGAACAUGUUUAUACAUUUAAGUACUACAUGUUGUGCAUAUAGUCAGAAUCCCUAUUCAGUUAGAAAAAAAGGAGCACAGUGAAAAUAAAUAUUGACUUGGUAUUUGUUGUAAUGUUAUUUCAUUCUCAAAUCUGUGUUUAAGGGUUUGGAAUAUCUCUGCGAUGUUAAAAAAAAAACAAAAAACCAUACUGUAAAUUGCAUAACUGGAAAAUAUAUGUUUAAUAUAUUUUCAUUAAAAAAAUUGAUCAAGUCAAUCUGA